AUGGUCUCAUCUUCUGCUUUCCUCGCUUUGCUUGCCGUCGCUGUUUCGGGCGCCCAGGCCGCCCCUGCGUGGGUUGUCCCCUUCUGGAACCCUUUCGCCAUGCAGGCCAAGUCGUACAACUUCACGACGUACACCGGCUUCUUCAAGUAUGACACGGUCGAGGGAACCACGCUCCCUGCCGUGGCUCCCAACUUUGGACUGCGCGACAACGCCACCUGGUCUGAUCUCACCCAAAAGCUAUUCCAGCUCAACGCCGAGGGAGCGAUCAAGGAUGGAUCGUCGUACAAGCUGCUUUUCGCCGGUCGCCACGGACAGGGCUACCACAAUGUCGCUGAGAGCAAGUACGGCACCCCCGCGUGGGACUCGUACUGGUCCGAGCUAACGACGGAUGGUACGCUCGUUUGGGGUCCGGAUGCCAAGCUGACCGCACUGGGAAUCCAGCAGGCGCAGACAGUGAAUGAUGCGUGGAAGGCGAUGCUGAACCAGAGCGACUCGGUGCCUUUACCGAGCAGGCUCUUCUCGAGCCCGCUUAGCCGUGCGCUCUCAACGCUCGAGAUUUCCUACGACAAGAUCCUGCUCUCCAACCCGAACGCCACCGGUUCCGCUACUCCCCAACAUCAGCAGGGAGGCCUCGAUGGACUGAUCCACGACGUUUCGUCGGCGAUUGGCAAGGCACUGCACCCCAAGCUCACGCCUGAAGUCAAGGAACUCUUCCGCGAAGAGUACGGCGAGCACACGUGCGACCAGCGAAGCACCAAAUCGCAGCUCGCAAAGACCUACCCGAACGUCGCUUUCGAGCCAGGCUUCACCGAGCAGGACACGCUGUGGACCACGUCGCGCGAGGCUGACAGCCACCUGGAUGCACGAAUUCAGCAGGCGCUGACGCAGAUGUGGAACGAGGCCCAGCAGGAUCAGGUCGUGUCGCUUACCAGUCACUCCGGUGUCAUGCAGAGCAUCUUCAGAGUCGUGGGUCACUACCCCAUCCACCCGUCGACGGGUGCGCUCAUUCCGUUGAUCAUCAAGGCUACCCCUCAAAAGUGA